UGCUUGAUGGACUUAAUAUUACAAAUGGCAUUCUGAUUUUGCAUAUCCUAAUAAAAGCUGCGUUCACAUGUUCCCUGCGUAGUCGUAUUAAUUUUAAGCCAACUUACUUUGUGGAAUUCAUAUAAUAUACUACUGUUUUCGUUUUGUCUCGUACCGAAAUUUCUUUAAAACAACUGAACAUAUAUGAAUUAACUAAGGUUCUGUGUAAUAUAGAAUGUAUUCAUAUGAUUUACAAACACAAAGAAGAUAUGUUUCACCACAAUGUUAUCGUCCUUUUAGCAUUUCCUAAUAAUCAAUGGAUUAAUUCUGAUUAAACAUUUCUUGUACAGUUGCACGUGAUACUAGUUUGAAUCUUAAACCCACUUAAACCGGUUUACUUUCUUGAGGCUUGGUUUCGUUCACGCAACGAGACAAACUUUUUUUCCGGGUUCUAUUGCAUAAUAAAAACCUCGGAUUUUGUAACACUUGGCAGAGAACUUACUAAUGGAUUUCGGAAAAGGAUAGUGCGAAAAACAAUGAUAGCCUAUAUGAUCUAUUUUUUAAUAUAAAAAGCAACAAAAAGUUUAAACAAUAAUCAUAAGAAUCGGCUAAAAUGUCAAAAUGGUAUCGACUGUUUUUAAACUCAACAAGGUAAGCAUAAAUAAAGGAAAGACUCAAGAUAUGAUACCAAAACCUCCAAAUAAAAAAAGAAACACAAAAGAUAACUGUAUCCAUUAAGUCACAACAUAUAUAAGCUAUAGUAAAUAUCACAUUGAGAGCUAAGCUAGCUAACAAGUGAAAAUCUCAUUCAUUUGAUUUUAACUUUGUGGUAGUUUCCUACUAUUAAAUAUCGACACAGGUGGAGUUGGUUCGGUAACAUUUACUUCUCUGCUCCCACAUUCCCAACGUCCCCUCACGUGACUCUCACGGGUCUUCCUUUCUUCUUCCACCGCCAUUAAUACAAUUACAAACAGUUCUCUCUCACAAAGCAAUGGACUCUCACAUCAACCCUAGCCAUGGCGGAAACUCUUCUUCUCUCGAUAGUCUCAAACCGAGCGUAUUCGCCACCAUCAUCAUCCUUGUCAUCACUCUCAUCAUCUCCGUCUCCAUUUGUUUCCUCCUCCGCUGCCUCAACCGCUGUAACCACCACUCGCCUCUCUCUCCAUCUUCCUCCGAUUCCGUCCGAUUCUCCACUCACCGAGUCUCUCCCGAAACAGAACGAUCCUCUGUACUCGACUCGCUUCCUAUUUUCAAAUUCUCCUCCGUCACUCGCCGAUCAACCUCCACUAACUCCAGCGACUGCGCCGUUUGUUUAUCGAAUUUCGAACCUGAGGAUCAGCUUCGUCUCCUACCUCUCUGUUGCCACGCCUUUCACGCGGCUUGUAUCGAUACCUGGCUCGCGUCUAAUCAAACGUGUCCGCUUUGUCGCUCUCCUCUGUUCGCUUCCGAUUCCGAUCUGACGAAGGCUCUCGGCGGCGGAGAAGGAGAUAACAGUUUCCGUCUCGAAAUCGGAUCAAUCAGCCGCCGCGACAAUCCGAUUCCGGAAUCCGACGGUCAGCACCGGUCUUACUCAAUCGGAUCGUUCGAUUACAUAGUCGACGACGUCGAAUCCGAAAUCUCUGAGUCCAAUUUCAAUCAAACGCGAAAACAGGAAGACGCGCCUGCGACUGCGACUGCGGUGGCGGUUACAGCGUCUAGUUAUAAUCCGUCCGCGUUUGAAGCGAGUUUGGCGGGAGAGAUAGGUAACGAAGGUUCUAGAAGCUGGCUUAAGGAUUACGUGGACAGACUCUCCCAUGGUAUUUCGUUUAGAAGCUCUGAUAGGUUUUUUACUGGGAGCAGUCGUCGGAGCGAGGAAAUGACGGUGAUGGAUUUGGAGGCGAAUCAUGCCGGAGAAGAGAUAAGUGAGCUUUUCCGGUGGUUCUCAGGUAUGUGAUGCGAGUGUGACUCCGAAUGACUUAUCAAAUUUUAUUCAUUUACUUGGUUCGAAAGAAAAGAAACAGAGCCCUUUUGCUUUUGGUUUGUACAUAUUAAACAGUACUCAAGACUUUCUAAUUUGGUAUACUUGUUCUUAAACACUAAUACUGUAUAUAGGCAAGUUAGCACCAAGUUUCUAUC